GAUUUAUUCGCCCCGCUUCGCGCUGCAUCCUCCAAUACGCAACGAAAAGCGACAAUAACCUAAAGGCGACGUUAUUGCGCACGACGGGCCCGGACGAGCUCACCAGCGGCGAGCUGCGACUGGUUGGGACGAGCGCACAUGCGGAUUUGCCAUAAUUUCCUUGUUGACGAACUCGUAUGAUUCUGCAAAAAUAGAAACCUUGAAGAAAAGGGGGGAAAAACGCGUUGCGUCCGGAGAUAAUACGCCGCGGAAGGAGAAGAUAAAUCUUCGUCUCGUGGAUUAUCUUUGCCGCGGUUCGCCAUCGCAAGUGAGUACAGCGGAGCAACGUUUACGGCUUUUGCGGUUUUAGGAUAAUAUACGCGUACAUUCAUGAACAGCAUAGGCGAGACAUGCAACGAGCUGAAGCAACAGUACGACUCUUGCUUCAACACGUGGUUUUCCGAGAAAUUCUUGAAAGGUGACACGAGUGAUAGCACAUGCUCGCAUUUAUUCAAAAUGUAUCAGCAGUGCGUUAAGAAGGCGAUGAAAGAGCAGCAUAUUGAAUUAAAAGAUAUGGAGGCGAGUUACUUAGAACCCGAAAAAGAAAAGAAGCCGCAUAGCUGACAAGAGUGGUCAUGCUUCAUGCUAAGUUCCUACUUAAAUUUCAGACGUCACCAGUAAUAUAAAUAAACAAAUGCUUUCUACACCAGUCUUAAUUUCUUUUUAUAAAACGAUGAGUAAUAUUUAAUGAACAAGACAAAUGUGUCCUCGAUCUUUUCUAGAAGAUUGCCGUUUUAGGUUUGUUCUUCUUCGUAUCUUAAGAGACACUUAACCAUAUUGUACAAUUGUACACUAUAUUACCGCUGAGCGAGCAUUUUACAUGUUGCGUCUGUAGUGCAGUACGUUAUAUGUUGCACCGUGGAAGAAAUUAUGUGCUGAGUAUAUCACGUUUAUUAUUAAUUGCAAAUUUAAUUAUUUUUGCAACCUGUGCGUGAACUUGUUAAUAAACUGUUAACUUUUUCGCACUUUAUCCAGAGAAAAAGGAUCAUAAAGAAAUAUUGUUGUAUAGAACGAAUGAUCAUUGUAACAUAAAAAUAAAUAUGCCACCAUGCCAC